CCUCGACCGGUGCCGGCGGAGGGGAGUUUCCAGGAAGUGGCCAUAUUGGAUCCAUUCAGCCGCAGCCACUCGGGGCGGGCAGAGCCCCGCGCCGCGCUCAGCUCCGGCCAUGGCCGCCACCGACCUGGAGCGCUUCUCGAAUGAAGAGAAGAGGAACCUUUCCCUUGGGGGCCAUGUUGGCUUUGACAGCCUCCCGGAUCAGCUGGUCAGCAAGUCUGUCACGCAGGGCUUCAGCUUCAACAUCCUCUGUGUGGGUGAGACCGGCAUUGGGAAAUCCACACUAAUGAACACACUCUUCAAUACCACGUUUGAGACCGAAGAAGCCAGCCACUAUGAGAACGCGGUUCGCUUGCGGCCACGGACCUACGACCUGCAGGAGAGCAACGUGCACCUGAAGCUGACCAUCGUGGACGCGGUUGGGUUCGGGGAUCAGAUAAAUAAGGACGAAAGUUACAGGCCGAUAGUUGAGUACAUUGAUACGCAGUUUGAAAAUUACUUGCAAGAGGAGCUGAAAAUCCGCCGUUCUCUGUUCAACUAUCAUGACACGAGGAUCCACGUCUGCCUGUACUUCAUCACCCCCACUGGGCACUCCCUCAAGUCCUUGGACCUGGUGACAAUGAAGAAGCUGGACAGCAAGGUGAACAUUAUCCCGAUCAUUGCCAAAGCAGACACCAUCUCCAAGAGCGAGUUGCACAAGUUUAAGAUAAAGAUUAUGAGCGAGCUGGUCAGCAACGGUGUGCAGAUCUAUCAGUUCCCCACGGACGACGAAGCAGUGGCUGAGAUCAACUCUGUGAUGAAUGCUCAUCUGCCCUUUGCUGUGGUUGGCAGCACAGAGGAGGUGAAGGUGGGGAACAAGCUGGUGAGAGCUCGGCAGUACCCGUGGGGAGUGGUGCAAGUUGAGAAUGAAAGUCACUGUGACUUUGUGAAACUGCGAGAAAUGCUGAUCCGAGUCAACAUGGAGGAUCUUCGGGAGCAGACCCACACCCGCCACUACGAGCUGUACAGGAGGUGCAAACUGGAGGAGAUGGGCUUCAAGGACACAGACCCAGACAGCCAGCCCUUCAGCCUGCAAGAAACAUACGAGACCAAAAGAAAAGAAUUCUUGGGUGAGCUCCAGAAGAAAGAGGAAGAAAUGAGACAAAUGUUUGUUAACAAAGUCAAGGAGACGGAGGCAGAGCUGAAGGAGAAGGAGAGAGAGCUGCAUGAGAAGUUUGAGCACCUGAAAAGGAUACACCAGGAAGAGAAAAGGAAGGUGGAGGAAAAGAGGAGAGAGCUGGAGGAAGAGAUGAACGCCUUCAACAGGCGGAAAGUCGCGGUGGAAACUUUGCAGUCCCAAUCCUUGCAGGCUACCUCACAGCAGCCGCUGAAGAAGGACAAAGACAGGAAAAACUUUUUUAGUCUUCCCAGCGCAUACUCCAUAACAACAGGAAGAUAUGUUAAUUAGAAGAUUUAUUAAGGCCAAAACAUCUCAUGCAGAAGAAAUUAAUUGGUGCUUUCACCUUUAAGCUUGCAAUAUAUUGCACAGAAGAGAUUGUGUAGCAAGGACUAAGAUACACUGAUUGAUUGGGAAAAGUUUGCUUGAUCAGGUCUCUUGAUAAAGUUGAAAUCCAAGGUAUUUGCCAAAAGAUAACCUGCUAAUUAUGGCUGAUGCAUGGCUUACACUGAAACCAAACACUGACCUCUGGGUGAGGGCCCAGCCGUAGCAUUUAACACUGUGACUGAACUUCCCAGGGGAGAGGAACAAAGUUGGGUUGGUGGAGAAGCGCUCAGCGUGCUGCUUGAGCUGCUGCUGCAGUGGGAUUUGGUUUGUUCCUCUCCUUGUCUGGCUUGGGAUGUCACUCCAGAACCUCUGACCGACCUUUAACACUACUGCUGGAGUCUAACAUUUCUGAACAAUAAGCAAUAACUUUUCGGCAGCUUUGUUCUGUAGACUUACAGGUGUUAUAACCCAAAUCCCUGACCCCCAGUUUCAGUGUUACUGGGGCUGUGCCCCCCAUGCCUCAGUGUCAGCCCUUUCCAGCGCUCCGUGCUGCAGGCACCUGCCCAGCUCUGCUCCUGCCCUUGGGCUGGGGAUGCUGGGUGAGCACAGAGCCAUCUUAAGGGACAGAGCUCGCUGUGACCUCCUCAUGAAGGGGAAGCAGUUCAAAGCUGGAGCCUGGGCUGCGACUCCUGUGUUUAUGAUGCACUGAGUUUCUUUUUUACACAAACACUUGUUGAAACAAAUAAAAAAGCACAGUGCUCCUGCCCAGGUCUGGCGUCACACAGGACCAGGGUGGCCCCAGUUCCUUUUCAUUUUAAACAAACCUGUAAAGGAAUCUCAGGACUGACCUGCUUGUACCGAGGUUGGGUUUAAUAAAAACAGAACUGACUUGUUUAACAAACAUCUGUUAAACACGUUUUGUACACUGCUUACAUUCACUGGAGGAGCACAGUGCUAUGUCCACGUGUUCAGCCUUCACCGCUGCCCCUUCUCACUGCCACCUCGUGCCUGGCCGGGCUGCAGGACUGGCCAUAACUUGGUCCUUUGUAGGCCAGAAGACGCUCCCAGCCCUCACCACCACCACCACACACUGGGCAAUGCUACCCAAGGGCUGGUGGCUCUGCCUCUGGUGUGACGGAGCCCAGCAGGACUUCCCCUGAGCUGGCUUCAUCACCACCUGCAUUGGCUGGGACAGGCUGGUGUACAGGUGCUGGCUGUCGUGAGCAGGACUGAGCUCCUGUCCUCAGCACACCCUGUGCACGGCAGUCACCUCCAGAUGCCCUUGCAGCGGCUGCAGAUCCAGAGCUAGGAGUGCUUUUCUGCUGGCUGCAUCCAGCAUCGGCUCUGUGCCCCACGCUGGGCAGGAGGAGAGCUGGAGCAGUCUGUGACCACUGGGCUGAGCUGUGCAGUGGAAUGCUCUGAUCUGAUUGCAGUGACCGUGGCUUGGUCACAAAUGGGAUUAAUGUUGCAUAAGGAGGGGGAGUUGCAGAGACCUGCCAGGACUUAAAGCAUCACUUAAGUGUACUUUUCUGCAUUCUUAAGGAAUCGAACCGUAAGUACUCUUUAAACUGAAUUUAAAAUGGUACAGCUAAUCAGCAAAAAGCACACCCUACACACAGAUGCUGCAGAGGCAAUCUCUCCGCUGUUUUCCUUUAUCUUGAUCCAUUCUGCCACCAUAAGAGUUGUUUUCAUUUGAGCAGCUGUAAUAAAUGAACACUUAGAUUGUUACCCACCCACCAUAAGCAGUGAUAACAAGUCAGGUUUGUCAUCUAAGGCAUCUGGUGCUGCUGCUUUGAAGUAAGGCAGCUUUAUUGCUAAAUGCAGCUGUUCUGGCACGGCUCGCUCCAGCUGUGACAUGGCUUUUUCCAUGGUGUUUUAUGAAGGAGAGAUGUGGCAGCAGCUGGGGAUGAUUCUGAAUUGCUUCUCUGUUUCUCAUUUAAUGUUUGGUUCAUAUUUACGUUUUGGUUCUGAUUCUGAAUCUGAGCCCCUAUGGGCAGCACUGGUAUCCAUGGGAAACUUCCUGUAGGACCAAACAGUUCCUUGGGUUCUUGCUGCAGGUGGUUUUCGGUGCAAAUGCAGCUUUGCAAGGUAUCAUUAAUCAUCAGGCAUUUGGAAAUCUGGCCUGAAUUAAGGCAACAACAACAGACAUCUGUUCCUGAAUUGUUCCUCACCUGGGAUGCUAACCUGCUCUCAGCAGUGCACUGUCCAAGCUCCUGUUGAUUGAAACGGGUUAGGAAGGCCACAAGCUUUUAUUGGCUGGAUGCAUGCUGUGUUGGUCUUGUUACCAAUACCUUGUGCAGAAAGACUGCGGGGAGGUGCUCCCAGCCUUGGACUUGGCUCUCCCAGAAAGAAGGGUACGUAGCAAGAAUGAUCCUGUUGCAACUGCAGCUUGUUCUUGAGGUUUGUGGUUUCUUCAAGGCAGGAAGUUCAGUUCUGAACAAUGUCAGCAACACAAAGGUAAGAGGUACAGGGAGUUACCAAGCAAUGCUUUCAACCUGCUGAGGACAAACCAUGUGUGUAAGUUCCCUUAUUGUAACUCAACACUGGCAGAGGUGUGCAGAAAUGAUCUGUGCUACCAGAGAAGCGGUGCGUGCUGCAGAGCAGGCAGGCUCCAGCUUUACUGUUCCCAUUCCAGUGUGGCAUCCUGCAUCCCUGUGGGAACAUGGGAUUCUGCUGGGCCGCUCAGCGCUGCCUUCAUCUUUCCGAUGUUGCCCCAUUACUGUGUGCUUUUGAAUGCUGCUCAUUAUUGAUUGCAGAGGUUUUGAAAAGCAAGUUUGUUGAUGGUUUGCAAUGUCAUUCACCUUACAGGUGAGAAACUACAGAUAGAGGCUCAGUGCUGGGGAGGCGAAACAUUGGGUAGGAACUGUUGUGCUAUGAGGGCACAGCAUGGAAAUCACUGCGUGCAGAAUUCUUCUGCUGACAUUUGCACUGGUUAAUGCAGCUGGUGAAGAUUCACGAGAUAGGGCAGAAAAAGAGACAGGAGGAAAAGCAGAACGAGGCACGCAGCCCCACUUCCUGCAGGGACCUCUGUGAGCAUCAGCUUUGGCUGGGCUCAUCAUGGAGCACACUGAGGACAUGAGAUUGAAGCUGUAUUUUAUUGGAAAUAACUACAAAAGACAACUUGCCUCCUCCCAAAGUCAGGCAUUUCAGUCACAGCUUGUGAUAGAAAAGGAAAGUGGCACAGUGCUGCAGAAAAGAGCCCUGCCACACACACAAAAAAGC